AUGGCAGACAUUACCCACCUUCCCAUGGAGCAGCUUCAGGACCUUGAGUACUGCAUCGACUCAAAUCCUCCCUGGGCUGAAACCAUCCUUUUGGCAUUUCAAAAUUACAUACUGAUGCUUGGCACAAGUGUGUUGAUCCCUUCAAUAAUUGUCCCAGCUAUGGGAGGAAAUGCUGGUGAUAAAGCACAAGUGAUACAGACUUUACUCUUUGUUGCUGGCAUUAACACCCUUCUCCAAGCACUGUUCGGAACAAGAUUGCCUGCAGUUGUUGGAGGCUCUUUUGCUUAUAUAAUUCCAGUUGCUUAUAUAAUUAGUGACUCCUCGUUGCAACAGAUCAGUGAUAACCAUGAAAGAUUUAUACAAACAAUGCGAGCUAUACAAGGAGCUCUGAUUGUCGCCUCAAGUAUUCAGAUAAUCCUUGGUUACAGCCAAGUUUGGGGACUUUUCUCCAGAUUUUUUAGCCCUCUUGGCAUGGCACCUGUAAUUGGAUUGGUUGGAUUAGGACUAUUUCAACGUGGAUUUCCUCUGCUGGGGAACUGUGUAGAAAUUGGCAUACCGAUGCUGUUGUUGGUAAUUGGAUUGUCACAAUAUCUAAAGCACGUGAGACCAUUUCGAGAUAUCCCUAUCUUUGAACGCUUUCCAGUGCUGAUUUGUGUUACACUUAUAUGGAUCUACUCUGUUAUCCUGACUGCCAGUGGAGCUUACAAACAUAAACCUAACUCCACACAACGUAGUUGCCGUACAGAUAGAGCAAAUCUGAUAUCUACUGCCCCAUGGUACGCUACGACGCCAUUUUUAUUUCUCUCAUAUGUUAAAGUUUUGCUGGAUUUUGAGAUUUCUUUCUUUUCCAAUAGGUUCAUGUUUCCAUACCCUCUUCAAUGGGGCCCCCCUACGUUUAAUGCUGGCCAUGCAUUUGCCACAAUGUCUGCUGUUAUUGUGUCAAUGGUGGAGUCAACUGCAGCUUACAAAGCAGCCUCUCGGUUGGCAAUUGCCACUCCACCUCCUGCUUAUGUGUUAAGUCGAGGCAUUGGUUGGCAAGGGAUUGGCAUCUUGCUCGAUGGUCUUUAUGGAACAGGGACUGGUUCUACAGUUUCUGUGGAAAAUGUGGGACUCCUCGGGCUAACCCGAGUUGGAAGUCGCAGAGUUGUUCAGAUUUCUGCUGGUUUUAUGAUAUUCUUCUCUACCUUAGGAAAGUUUGGAGCUGUGUUUGCAUCUAUACCCAUCCCCAUAUUCGCUGCACUGUACUGUAUUCUCUUUGGCCUUGUUGCUUCAGUGGGGUUAUCAUUUCUUCAGUUCACAAACAUGAAUUCCAUGAGAAACCUUAUCAUCACUGGGCUCACAUUAUUCCUUGGAAUAUCCAUUCCUCAAUUUUUCUCUGAGUAUUGGACUAAACGUGGAGGCCUUGUGAAUACAAAUGCUGGUUGGUUUAAUGCAUUCUUGAAUACCAUAUUCGCUUCACCGGCGACAGUGGGUUUGAUCGUGGCGGUGUUCCUUGACAACACGAUGGAAGUGGAAAGGUCAAAGAAAGACCGAGGGAUGCCGUGGUGGGUGAAGUUCAGAACAUUCAGGGGAGACAACAGAAACGAGGAGUUCUACACUCUGCCAUUCAAUCUCAACAGGUUUUUCCCUCCUACUUGAUGAUGUUGAUGCCAAAUCAAAGGCAAGGUGUUUGUAGGUCAGAGAGGUGAGAGAAGAGGAAUUCGUGAGAAAUGUAAGCAAAUGCAAUUUUUCGUUCACUAUC